UUCCCCCUCGCGCCGCCACUUUCCAAAUCCUCCUCGUUUUCCUCUCCUGCCAGCUCCACCUUGCUUUCAGCGCCGCCCAACCAGAUCGCAACCUCCGACCUCCCUCGUCGGCGCGCCAAGCCCCGAUGACCAGUACUGCCAAGCAGCGGAUUGCCGCUGGAAACGGGCUCCUCGUGCCGAUCCCUUCCGCCGGCCUCCACCCCCUCAUCUGCCUCCAGCCGUCCCCGUCGCCAAGCGCCGCCGACGACCUCCAUCUUCCUGCAUCGCGCCAUGUCCCGCGCCCCUGCUUCCUCCCUUCGAGCACGAGGCCCAGCGCUCAAGCCGCCGUGCUGCAUCUCCGGGAACGAGCUCGACGCCGUCCUCUGCGUUGCCUGCUUGAACCCCGCGCUCGUCUUCUCGCCCGGACGGACGCCUCGUCGGACUCCUCCCGCGCCAAGCCUCGCGCCGUCGACCAGCAGGAACGAGCCCGGCCGCCGAGCUCAAGCCGCCUCGCCGUUCUUGGCCUUCACACGCCUCACUGGACGCUAUUGCCAUGCCGCCGUGCUCUCGAUUCGAGCAGCCGGAGCCCGCCGUCCAGAUCCGCUCCAUGCUGCUGUUCUUGACCUUCUCCGCCGCCCGCUGAUCUCCUGCCUCUGCAUCGCGUCGCCGCCAUUGCACGUCGUCUGCAUCGCCGGCCUCCCCUGCUUCCUGCAUCGAGCAGGAGAGGAGCGAACGCAGUCAGCGCCGCCGCUCUGGACUUCGCGCUCGCCCGCUCGUCCCGCGUUGACCGCAGCCACAACGUGCGCGGGCCUCCUCUUGCAGCGCCUCAAGGCCCAGCCACCGGCCCGCUGCUAGUUUUCCCCUGCAGGCCUCCCUCUCCGUCUAAACCGGGCCAGGCCCAUGGUGAGCGCCCCAGCGCCCAACAGUUUCGGCCCGUGCCUUGUUUUUUUGCCAGAUCUGCGUUUUAGCUUUUUCCCAAAUUUUGCCAGAUUUGCAGAAUAGUCCCUAGAGUUCAUGCAUUUAAUAUCUCACAAACCGUGCAUCGGAUUAAAAUAAGUUAUAUAUGAAACUUGCUUAGAAUUUUGUGUAGAUUAAUAAUUU